CUACUUUCUAUAAUAAUGAAUACAAUUUUUUUAUCCUACAGACUUUGACCUCUGGCAAAGUGAUUAGACCUCUGUCAGUGAGUGCGUGCAUGACAUUAAACUUCACACAAGAUGCAUACUGAAAUGAUUAUGAAACAAAGUAGUAUCGAUGAAGUAAGUUUAGAGCAAUUUUUAAAAAUUAAUAAUUACGAAGAUGCUGUACGCCAAUUAGAUAAUUUUUAUGGAAUAGUAAAACGUCAACUACUCCGAUAUCAAAGCCCAGUAAAUGGACUAUGGCCAGUUUUAUCAACGGACACUCAAGUAGGAAGUGUACGAGAUAGUAUUUAUUGUGCAGCAAGUGUUUGGGGUUUAUACCAAGCAUAUCGACGAAUUGACGAUGAUCGUGGUAAAUCAUAUGAACUUGGUCAAUCGGCAGUUAAAUGUAUGCGAGGAAUAUUACAUUGUUGGGCCCGACAAGCUGAACGAGUUGAAGCUUUUAAACGCAAUCAAAAUUUUACGCAUGCAUUACAUGUGAAAUUCAAUUUAAUAACAGGCGAACCUGUUUUAAGUGACACAGAAUAUCAUCAUUUACAAAUUGAUGUAGUUUCUUUGUACUUAUUAUUUUUAGUACAAAUGAUCACUUCUGGUCUACAAAUUAUUUAUACUCAAGAUGAAGUAGCCUUCGUACAAAAUUUAGUAUACUAUGUCGAAAGAGCUUAUCGAACACCUGAUUAUGGAAUGUGGGAACGUGGUAGUAAAUAUAACGAUGGAAUAGCAGAAAUACAUGCAAGUUCUAUUGGAAUGGCAAAAAGCGCAUUAGAAGCAAUCAAUGGCUGUAAUUUAUUUGGCGACUCUGGAGCUGCAUGGAGUGUAGUUUACGUAGAUAUCGAUGCACACAAUCGAAAUCGAAGUAUUUUUGAAACUAUGCUCCCAAGAGAAUCAAGUUCAAAGAGCGUAGAUGCUUCAUUAUUAAUGACAAUAUCGUUUCCAGCAUUCGCAACGCACGAAGAACACUUAUAUACUGAGACUAAAACGACAAUCAUUCGAAAUUUAAAGAGGGAGUAUGGUUUUAUACGAUUUUGUCGUGAUGGUUACAAAAAUGUUUUGGAAGAUGAAAACAAACGGUAUUACCAAGAAGGAGAAAUUAAAAAGUAUGAUAAUAUAGAAUGCGAAUGGCCAUUAUUUUACAUAGCCAUGAUCAUUGAUGGAGUUUUUAAGUCGUGUACGGAACAAGUUGAAGAGUACAAAAAAUUAUUGAAAAACGUGAUGCGUGUAGAUCCGAAUGGCGACCCUUUUGUUCCACAAUAUUUUUAUAUUCCAAAAGAUAGUGUUGAAGCUGAUUAUACACCAGAAGAAUUACAGAGUAUUCCUCGAAUAUGUCCAACUUAUAGUGAAAACGGUGGUUUAUUUUUAUGGAACCAAGCAUUGUUUGUCAUUGCAAAUUUACUCACGAGUGGUCUGUUACAUAUUAAUGAAUUGGAUCCAAUUCGAAGAUAUUUACCUUCAUAUAAUAGACCCAGAAGAGGAGGUCGUUAUUCUGCUUUUCAGGCAAAGCCAGGUGGUGGCACAGCCACUGAUUUGGUUGUACAAAUUGUUCUUAUUGCUGAAUCAGCACGACUACAGGCAAUGAUGGCAACAUAUGGUAUUCAAACCCAAACACCACAUGAAGUUGAACCAGUACAAAUUUGGUCAUCUGCUCAAUUAGUAUCAGCUUAUGAAUGUUUGGGCGUUAGUGCAAAAUUAGGUUUACGUGGGCGACCAGCUCGACCGAUUGGUUCAUUAGGAACAAGUAAAGUGUAUCGGGUAUGCGGAAUGACAGUAUUAUGUUAUCCAUUAAUAUUUGAAGUAUCGGAAUUUUAUUUAUAUCGAGACAUGGCACUGUUGAUAGACGAUAUUAAAACGGAAUUACAAUUUGUUGGACGUUAUUGGAGACUUUCUGGAAGGCCUACAGUUUGUUUGUUAAUAAGAGAGGAGCACAUGAGAGAUACACAAUUUAAGAGAAUGUUGGAUUUGUUAGCAAUGUUAAAGAAAGGCCACUGUGAUGGAAUGAAGGUACGAAUCGGUCGCUUACAAAAUUUAAUAUCAAGUUCAUGUAUUGAACAUUUAGAUUUUAUGAAUUCAUCGGACAUGCCUGAAGAAACUACAUUUAAACAAUUCCGUCAAUUAGAACAUGAUUAUAUUGGAUAUCAAAGUUUAACAGACAUACCAAAAUCGAUAGCUGAACCUGAAGAUGGAACUGAUUGGAUGCAAAUGUUGCAAGACAGACCUGUCUCCGAAUUACAAGAAGCAUUUCGAGCUACAGAAAGUCUUUUAGGCCAAUGUAUUAUCUUAGGAUUGAUCUUGAAAUCAGCUGGUCCACAAUAUAAAUUACCUAACAGUGAAUUAACUGUAUCUGAAAUAUUGAAAAAUGUUUACGAUAAAGCUGGUACUAAGAGACAUUGGGUAGCUGUUCGACAUGCAUCAUCUUUGUUACAGCAUACUGUAGAUUCAAUUAGUCCAUUUAUAACAGCUGUGCUCGUUAAUGGAAAACAGAUAACGGUAGGGGUAAUAGGACAAAAAGAAACAACUUUUGAUAAACCGAUGACUCCUGAUGAAAUUCGAACAAUUAUGUAUUCUACAAUUCAACCUUAUGAUAUAAUUCAAGCUGUUUUACAGCAAGAGGUUGUUUUAUAUUGUGGGCGCUUAAUAGCAACAAAUCCAGAACUCUUCCGUGGUAUUUUAAAAAUACGUGUUGGUUGGGUAGUAGAAGCAAUGCGUCGAUGUUUACUAAUACGUGGUCAUAGUCCGCAACGACCAGUAGAAGCACGAAGUCCAUACGAAGUACGUCAAUUAGUGAAUCGUGUACUUAAUGCAGAUGGAUGGAUUGUCGGUUCUUUGACAUGUUUACAACGGAGACAAUUAGAAGGAUGUUUAUGUCGGGUACCAGCACAUUUUUAUAAACGCGUUUAUGAUGUAUUAGCGAGAACUCCAUUAGGAAUUCAAUUAUGUGGUAACCAUUUACCGCAGCAACCAACAUUAAGUAACAUGACUAGAUCCGAAAUUACAUUUGCACUUCUUGUUGAACAGUUAUUAAAUCGAAUCGACAAACCUGAGUAUCGUCAAAUUGUUGUGGAAUUAUUGUGUAUAAUAGCAACAAUUUUGGAACGAAAUCCCGAACUAACUUUCAAUACAUCAUUAGAUUUGGAUGCGUUAGUUAAAGAUGCUGCUGAAUUAUUAGUACAAUAUUCAGAUAAUAAAGAUGACGCUUUAAAUAAAUUGAUGGGAACACCUCGAUCAUCAUCCACCGGUUAUUUAGCAAGAGCUGUGGUCAAUAAUGUACUGCAAGGCUGUCAUUUACAACAACAAGAUAUAUCUGACGAAGUUGAAGUUUGUGAAGUGUCUUAAUGUGUAUUCAAAUUUUGAAUUUAUUUAUUGAGUAUUUUCGUAAGCGUAAUUCAAUGGCUUGUCUUAAAAUGUUCGAAUAUUUUCGUAAUUUAAGUUUUUCAGACAAGCACGUAUCGAAAUAUUUUCAGAAUAAUUACUUGAUACAAGAUAUUUUCAAGCCUUAAGGAAGUCUUUAAAAGCACAUUGAAUUUUAAUUACCGGUCUAGUUAAAAUUCUGAACAAAGUAAGCGUUAUUCAUUCACCUCUUUUAGUUAUUUUGUUAACAAAAAAUAAAAAU